GUAACAAACAGGAUGCUGGAAUGGAAAAUGACUCCCCUGUCUCUGAAAAUGACCACCCACCCCUCUAAUAAAAUACUACAAAUGGUACAUAUACGCCAGUGCAACUUCUAGACAAAGAACAGCACUCAAGCUUUUACUGAAACAAUUCUGUGAAACAUGAGGGUAAGAGUGGCAUAUUCUUUUACAACUCGCUGCCUAGAUAAAAAACUAUAUGUAUUAAGUUAUUUUGUACAUUAAUGCAGUUUGUGGAAUUAGGUAGAUAGUCUUUUCCAGAAAUAUUGUGUAGUUUAAAUAUUACCAAUGCUUUCUUAUCUUUAUAGUAUAUAGUCUAUUUAAUAAUCGCUUUUCUGGCAGUUUGUUACUUUCUAAUUCUAUAUAUUCUAUAUAGCAUAUAUUCUUUUUAGUUAUUGCGUUUGUGUCUGUAUGUUACUUUCUAUACUUUCUGUGACCUUUUAACUAUGAAUAACUGCCCAACUUUGUAAAGUACUUUAUAAGAAAUGAUAAAUCAGUUACUACUUGUAUCAUUGUUCCAAAAUUCUAUUUACUCCUUACAAUGUUGUUUUAUAUUUCUCUAUUAGUACAUAACUGUUCCACUACUUUUAUUUUUAUCAAAUAUAACAUACCCCUCUACUGCAAUGAUAAUAAUAUAUAAUUGUCUCCCUUUUUGCAAUUAUAUAUUAUUUAUUCCUUAAAUAUUUUACCUGGAAGAAUACAUUGAGAUUUCUUUCAUUUUCAAGUAUGUCCUGGGAUAACAUAUUUUUAUCACUAUUAUGUAAUUUUUAUAUAGUGCCAACGUACUCUGCAGCCCUUUACAAUGUUACAAUUUUAUCAUGGAGAUAGAAAAUAUGAUAUAAAUGACAAACAAAUUAAUGGGAACAGAAAAAUAGUGGUGAAGAUGUAUCAUAGUUCUUUAUUAUUAUAUAUCGGUAUAUUUUACUAAUUAUUACAUUUCUCAGCUGUAUCUUUUACUUCAAUACAACUCUAUAACUGGGCCGUUUCUCCUCUCAAUUGUUUAUUACAUUUAUUUGUUAGUACUAAAAAAUCUAUCCAUUAGACCAACACCAAGGACGUCAUUGUGGGGAAAUAAUUAUACCAUGCUUAUUGUCUGAAGUACUACCUUCCCUGAACUUAGUCUGAUGUAUAAUAACAUGGUAUCCUAGAACAUUUAUUGCCAUUUCAUACAUUAAAAAAAAAAAAAAAUGUUUGCUAGAGAGUAUUGUAUGCAUUUUGCUUUAUGUAGAUAAAGAGAUCUGCUUGCACAGUUACUGAUCUGUAAAAGGGGAACUUAUUAAGAUAUAAUAAUAAUAAUAAUAUUCAUGGCUUGCAGUUUUCAAUAAUUGGCUAAUUUUGAAUUGUGUGGGAUGCAGUUAAAAUCUCACACUCCAAUCACACUACAAGCAUAGUGUAUGUAGAUUAAGGAAAUACAGAGGAUAGCAUAUCAAAUAGAUACCAUGUCCACAAGGUACACAUGUUUGAUCUUAACAUGUACAGCUUGGAGGAAAGACGAGACAGUGAGGAUAUAAUAGAAAACUUUAAAUAUAUAAAGGGAAUCAAUGCCGUAAAGGAGGAGAAUAUAUACAAAAGAAGGAAGAUUACCACAACAAGAGGACAUUAGAGGGACGAAGGUUUAAAAAUAAUAUCAGGAAGUAUUACUUUACUGAGAGGGUAGUGGAUGCAUGGAAUAGCCUUCCAUCUGAAGUGGUAGAGGUUAACACAGUAAAGGAGUUUAAGCAUGUGUAGUAUAGGUGUAAGACUAUACAAGAUAUAAGAGAUUGACUAAUGAAAGUAUUAAGAAAAUUGGGAAAACGAGAUGUGCCGAAUAGCUCUUUUUUGCCGUCACAUUCUAUAUUUCUAUGUAUGCUUUUAUGAGUGUGCUUUUACUAUUUUCAUAUAAGUAAGCUAUCUACAUAGGUAAAGAUUGCAUUUAUGCCACUAGGAAACAAAAGCAUGAAGGAAGAAUUAGUGGCAUACAAAUAUAAAUGUGGGUGCUAGAUUACAUAUUUACUAGGUUUAUCGGGCAAAAUACUCUAAGGUGUGGUGUGGUUGUUGGGGUGGUUUUGGGGCGGAAGGGGGGGAUGGAGUGCUUGAGAGUUUCUCUGGAGCCAAAUAGAUUAACCAUAUAUGUAAAGCAAGCACAUAUGUUAGUGUCUGGCUCUGUGUAUUUGUGAUUGUGUGUAAAUGCGUGUCUGUUUGUCCAUGUGUGCAAGUGUAUGAGUGUAUGCCAGGGGUCCCCACAAAAUGGUUCUGUAUGGGAUAACGUGAUAUAUGGUGGCAGCCUUGGUCAGUAAAAAAAAAAGAGGAAAAAUGAAACAAUGAGGAAUUUUCUAUCAAGGUGUUCUUAAAAGAGCUUUUGUCUUAGUAAAUUCUGCCAGUAUCCAUUUCAGAAGGCUGCCAGUUAUAGAGUGGUGGAAAAAAGAGUAGCCAAAGAGAACACUUUUUUUGUCAGGAAGAGAAUCGGAAAGAUUGAUAAAGAAUGAUAAAUGGGUAAAUGGCAAGCAUUCAAAAAUAAUGGUUAAAGUGAUUCUUUAGUGCUAGGAUUACAAAGUUGUAUUCCUAACACUAUAGUGCCCUAUGCCCCAAGCCCUUCCUUGCAGCCCCUCCCUCUGGAUCCUAAAGGGUAGAAAACCUUUAAUCACUUUAAUCACUUACCUGAUUCCAAUGCCAAUGUUACUCGGUGCUGGGUCCACACUCCACCUCCUCCAACGUCACCUGAUGGGGGCACCUAAUGUACAUACUCGGUGAGUGCUGUGAGCGCCCUCCCCAUAGGAAAACAUUGACUCAAUACUUUACUGUGGGGUUUUCACUAACGCUGAAAGUCCUCGUCCAGAUUGUGAGGAUGUCCUGUGUCAUUUAAGGUGCCAAGAGUCAGGUACACUCCCAGAAGUGCCUCUAGUGCCUUUAUUUAUUUAUUUUUUAUAUAUAUAAUUUUAUCUUUAUUAAGAUUUUACAGAAUUUUGUUUUAGAAAAUAUGAAAUCUGUUCAUCAAGACCUAAUAGACUGAUGGAACAUUGCUUCUAUAACACGCUAAAAUGACGCUCGAGCAUGACCAUACAGAACUAUAGAAUCAUUACGAAAGACACAAUAAACCUUUUAUGCAUGUAAAUCUUAGAUAUCUAUCCUCUUAACUCUUAACUUGUAGGAAUUAUUCAUAUAGAGAAAAGCAUAAAAAGGAAAAGAAACAGAAAACAGAAAAACAAUAAAUUAUAAUAAUAAUAAAUAAAUAAAACUAAACUUUUCCCAUGGUUAAUAAUCUUAAAAUAUUUAUUUACUUCUAUACUUAACAAAAAUAUGUCGCUCUUGGUGAGAGACAGCUACAUCCUACGUUGGGAACAAAUCCGACACCAAUUCCCCCACAUUGCAGUUUGUCAAUAACGGCAAUGAUUUACAUUGUAGGACUAAGAGGACAGGGACAGUGCAUGAAGACCACCUUAAUGAUCUGAAGUGGUCUGGGUGCCUUUAGUGUCCCUUUAAGGUGAAUAAGAAGCAUUAGAUGAAAAUAAAAACAACAGAUGUAAUACAUUGUGUCAAAUAUUAAGGUCUAAAAUGACACAUAAAAGUAUUGGCAACAAUUCAAGAGAAGUGCUAAUUAAGGAUGAUCAUAGAUUAAAUGACAAUCUACAUUGGGUUUUUUCACAAAAUACACAUUGUGCAUUAUUUAACAUAGACCAGAUUACAUACAGUGUUGAUUAAUUGCUAAAAUUUAUUAUACUUCAGCCAUGAUCACUCUUUUAUAAUAACAAUAUACAGAAAGGGUCUGUACAUCACCAGUAGACAGAAAGAUAUUAAAUGUAUCAAUAAGUGGAACACAACUUGUAAUAGCAAAAAAAUAUAUGUGAAUACAGAUCAGCUUUGUAAGGAGCCUAUAUUAGAAUCUGCUUAGAAUCAGCUGGGAAAAACCAAAAGCCUAUUCUUGCUUAAGUAUCAUCCGGUAUUCCACAUAAUGUUCUAUAGUAUACAUUUUUCUGUACUCGUGAUGUUCACACCUUUAUCUUUUUUUGUGUUAUGUUAUAUGUUAUGCAUUUUAAGAAAACUCAACUGUGUAUGCUAUUUUGUUUGAGCAUGAAACUUUAAAAAUAAUAAAUUAAAAUAAUAUCUCAGAAUGUAUGCUUGCAGACAAGGCAAUACCUACUGCAUAUUACUCCUGUUAACAAUGAUUGGUUAAAUAAAUCUGUUAAUGGUUUUGCUAGUACACCACUAAUCUCUUUUAAUAGCUUUGAGUGUAUUCCAUCAGGUCCCAUUGAUUUAUUUGUCUUUACUUUUGACAGAGGUUCUAUUUCAACUGUCAAAAGUAAAGACAAAUAAGUCAAUGGGACCUGAUGGAAUACACCCAAAGCUAUUAAAAGAGCUUAGUGGUGUACUAGCAAAACCAUUAACAGAUUUAUUUAACCAAUCAUUGUUAACAGGAGUAGUCCCAGAAGAUUGAAAGUUAGCGAAUGUUGUGCCGAUUUACAAGAAAGGUAAUAGGGAGGAGUCUGGCAACUAUAGGCCAGUAAGCCUUACUUCAGUAGUGGGGAAAGUGAUGGAAACCAUGUUAACCCCUUAAGGACACAGCUUCAGAAGCUUGUCUUACGCUUAAUGACACAAGCAAUUUUUGCAUUUUCUUGCUGUAUGCGUUCAACUGCAAUUUGCAUCUCUCUCGUUUAUUGCACCGACACAUAUUAUAUACUGUUUUUUAAAGGACAUAAAGGGCUUUAAUUUGAUGUAACAUAUAUAUAUAUAAAUGCUUAUUUAUUAUUUAAAAAAUACAGAAAAAUGCAAAAAAAAGAAAAAUUUUGUGUUUUUUGUACAGUUUUUGCAAUAAUAAUGUGUGCCUAAUUAGUGCAGGUUAAAGAAAGUAAUUAAAAAUAAAUUUAUUUAGUUGUUCUGAUUUACAAAAUAUAUAAUGUGUCUGGGAUUUAAAGUUUUUUUUGGUAGUUACAGGUCAUAAAGCACAAGGAGUAAAAUAAACUUUUAAUGUAGAGCGAUUUUAGAAUUUUGUAUGUUUGUCUUGUAAGCUUAAUAGCCAUAAAAGAAAACAAAAUUGCCACACAAAAGUAUAUAUUUAUAUAAAGUAGACAUCACAGGCUAUUGUCCUAAGGUUUUUUUGACACUUUCUAAGUAGCCAUUUCACCGCCAAUCUCUGCUAAAUAUUGGAGUAAAAUUUAGUUUUUUGGAGUUUUGGCACACAAACUUAUAACAAAGAACUUCCCAUGUAUAUUUUGUAAAGUUGGUGUGUGCUAUUCCUGUACAAAGUUUUAUUUUGUGUUCAGUUACUUCUGCUGAGUACAACGAUACCCCCAUUGUAUGUCUUUGGCACUAUUUCGUGAAGCUACAGUGCCAUAUAGGAGACCUGUCCGUUUCAACAUUUACAGUAGAAUUUUGAGAGGCGGAUUUAAUGGGCCUAUGCUUCAAUUUGGGGUAUUAUAGCAGUUUGACUGUUCAAAAAAAACCCACAAAGGCCUACCAUUUAUAAAAGUAGACACUCCAGGGUAUCUCAUAUGGUGCAUAUUGUGCCUUAACAUGCCCCCAUUUUUUCACCAAUAUAUGCCAAAGUAUGUGGUAAAAAAUAAUUUUGGGCAUUUUUUACAUACGGAUUACAUUUUUGCUGGGCAUUUUGUACAUUUCAUAUGUGCCACUAAGUUCAAACCCCCAAAUUAUGCUCAGCUAAGUCUUCUGAGUAAAACAAUAUGCCCAAUGUAUGACCUAGACACUAUUUUGUGAAGUUACACUGCUAUAAAAGAGACGUAACAAGUUAAGGUUUUUAAGUGUGAAUUUUCAUGGAGGGUUUUGAUGCGUCCGUGCCCACUUUGGAGCACUUGAGCAGGCUACAUAUUACAACUACACCAUAAAGGCAUACCAUUUCUUAAAGAACACAUCCCAGGGUAUUUCAAAAGGCAUAUUUUGAACCUUAGCGUGGGAUAAUUUUUCCGCUAGCUUGUACCAAGUGUAAUGGUAAUAAGCGUUUUUUUGCCUUUUUGACACACAAAGUAAAUUUGCGCAGUACAUUUUGCAAAUCUUAUGUGUGCUACGACUGUAUAAUACUUCAUAUGUUGCUCAGCUAUGUCAGCUGAGUACAUCAAUACCCCCGUAUGUACCUUUGCCAGGUAUAUGUGGACAUCGGAGGGGCACAUUUGGGACACAGCCAUUCCAGUUCAUUUCAAACUUUAAAUUUUUACACUGUUCCCAUGUCCCAUUUUAGAGUAUUUUACCAGGCUAUAUAAUCCAAAUACCCCAUAAAGCCAUACCAUUUCUUAAAGAAGACAUCCCGGGGUAAUUCAAAAGGCAUAUUUUGAACCUUAGCGUGGGAUAAUUUUUCCGCUAGCUUGUACCAAGUGUAGUGGUAAUAAGCAUUUUUUCUGCCUUUUUGACACACAAAGUGAGUUUGCGCAGUAUAUUUUGCAAACCUUAUGUGUACUACGACUGUAUACUACUUCAUAUGUUGCUCAGCUAUGUCGGCUGAGUACAUCAAUACCCCCGUAUGUACCUUUGCCAGGUUUAUGUGGACAUUGAAGGGGCACAUUUGAGACACAGCCAUUCCAUUUUUUUCAAACUUUGAAUUUUUACGCUGUGUCCAUGUCCCAUUUUAGAGUAUUUUAAAAGGCUAUAUAAUCCAAUUACACCAUAAAGGCAUACCAUUUCUUAAAGAAGACAUCCCGGGGUAAUUCAAAAGGCAUAUUUUGAACCUUAGCGUGGGAUAAUUUUUCCGCUAGCUUGUACCAAGUGUAGUGGUAAUAAGCAUUUUUUCUGCCUUUUUGACACACAAAGUGAGUUUGCGCAGUAUAUUUUGCAAACCUUAUGUGUACUACGACUGUAUACUACUUCAUAUGUUGUUCAGCUAUGUCGCUGAGUACAGCAAUACCCCCGUAUGUACCUUUGCCAGGUAUAUGUGGACAUUGAAGGGGCACAUUUGAGACACAGCCAUUCCAGUUUUUUCCAAACUUUGAAUUUUUACGCUGUGUCCAUGUCCCAUUUUAGAGUAUUUUACAAGGCUAUAUCAUCCAAUUACACCAUAAAGGCAUAUCAUUUCUUAAAGAAGACAUCCCAGGGUAAUUCAAAAGGCAUAUUUUGAACCUUAGCGUGGGAUAAUAUUUCCGCUAGCUUGUACCAAGUGUAGUGGUAAUGAGCAUUUUUAAAUGUAUUUUUUUACUUUGUAAAACUUUUUUUACUUUGUAAAACCCAUUUUUAAACUUUUUUUUUACUUAUUAAAUGUUUUACACUAUCUUAACUUUUUUUACACUUUUAAUUUUUUUUCUAAACUUUUCUUUUACCGUUAACCCCUAACUAGCAGUAAGCAGCACUAACCGUAAAUUCCCCAUUUUCCCAUAACUCCCACCCACCCCAGCUAGCAAAAUAUUUAAUUAUAAAAUAUUUAAAUUAAUUAAUGAAAUAAAUGGAACCCCUGAGGGUUAAAAAAAAUAAAUAAAAAUUAAUCCUCAGGGGUUAAAAAAAUUAGAUCACAGUAUAAUACUGUGAUCUGUAUUUUGAUCACUGUAGGCAGUGAUCAGCUGGCAGGGAAGGGGUUAAUUUUUAUUUAGACUGGGUAAAGGGGGUGGUAUUUUUUUUUUUUUUACUUAAACGUUACUAAAACAUUUAAAAAAAAAUUUUUUUUACCUUUUUAAAGCUUAUUUUAAAACUUUUUUUAACGUUAACCCCUAGUUAGCCUAACACCAAAUUCCCCAAUUCCCCACUAACUUCCACCCAUCCCAGCUAGCUAAAUAUAUAAUUUUUUAAUAUUUAAAUUAAUUAAUAAAAUAAAUUUAACCCCUGAGGGUUAAAAAAAAAAUAAUUAACCCUCAGGGGUUAAAAAAAAAAAUCAGAUGACAUUAAAAUGUAUACCCUGCCAAUUGAUCACUGUAGUCAGUGAUCAAUUGGCAGGGAAGGGGUUAAUUUUAUUAAAACAGGGGCAGGGGGGGUGGGAUUUAACUUUAAUUUUUUUUUUUUUUACACAGGGAAGCAGAUCAGCACUGAUCCGUCUCCCUGCACUUCACACAGAACCCGGAAGUGCAGGGAGGCGGAAGGUGAGUAUGUGGAGCACAUGUGCUCGCUCUGACAUGCUGUCACAUGCUGUCAGAGCGAGCACCGGUGCUGGGGCAGCCCGAUCGGGUGCUCCCGGUCUGCCUCUAAUGCAGAGGCAGACCGGAGCACCGUUAACCCCGCGAUUGCCGCGAUUGCGGCGAUCUGGGGUUAACUUAAGAAAAUGACGGAAAUUUUCCGUCAACGGUCCUUAACUGAAGGACAAGGUUGACGGAAAAUUUCCGUCCACGGUCGGGAAGGGGUUAAAGGAUAGGAUUGAUGAACAUCUAAAAACACAUGGAUUUCAAGAUCAGAGACAACAUGGGUUUACUUCAGGGAGAUCAUGCCAAACUAAUCUUAUUGAUUUUUUUGAUUGGGUAACUAAAAUUAUAGAUCAGGGUGGUGCAGUAGACAUUGCUUACCUAGAUUUCAGUAAGGCUUUUGACACUGUUGCACAUAGAAGGCUUAUCAAUAAACUGCAAUCUUUAAGUUUGGAUUCAAAUAUUGUUGAAUGGGUAAGGCAGUGGCUGAGUGACAGGCAACAGAGGGUUGUAGUUAAUGGAAUAUAUUCGAAGCUUGGACUUGUCACCAGUGGGGUACCUCAGGGAUCUGUACUUGGACCCAUUCUCUUUAAUAUUUUUAUUAGUGAUAUUGCAGAAGGUCUUGAUGGUAAGGUAUGUCUUUUUGCUGAUGAUACUAAGAUAUGUAACAGGGUUGAUGUUCCAGGAGGGAUAAGCCAAAUGACAAAUGAUUUAGGUAAACUAGAAAAAUGGUCAGAAUUGUGGCAACUGACAUUUAAUGUGGAUAAGUGCAAGAUAAUGCAUCUUGGACGUAAAAACCCAAGGCAGAGUACAGAAUAUUUGAUAGAGUCCUAACCUCAACAUAUGAGGAAAGGGAUUUAGGGGUGAUUAUUUCUGAUGACUUAAAGGUAGGCAGACAAUUUAAUAGAGCAGCAGGAAAUGCUAGCAGAAUGCUUGGUUGUAUAGGGAGAGGUAUUAGCAGUAGAAAGAGGGAAGUGCUCAUGCCAUUGUACAGAACACUGGUGAGACCUCACUUGGAGUAUUGUACACAGUACUGGAGACCAUAUCUUCAGAAGGAUAUUGAUACCUUAGAGAGGGUUCAGAGAAGGGCUACUAAACUGGUUCAUGGAUUGCGGGAUAAAACAGAUUUAGUUUUCCUACUUACACAUUUGUUUCAAUGUACUAAAGGGGGAACAGUUACUAUCUUAGAACUGUGAAACCCAGCUUUGAAUCCCAUUAGAAGUAAGUGUCCAUGGGCAAUACACCUACUAAUAGGUAUAUUAUAUAUAUGUGUAUGUGCCAGUUUGUGUAUCUGUGUGUCAAGGUGUGUGUAUAUGUGUCAGUGUGUGUGUCUGUGUUAGUGUGUAUAUGACUGUGUAUGUGUCGGUGUGUUUAUGUUUGUUAAUAUGUAUGGAAUGUGUAAGUAUGUAUGUGGCAGUACAUGUACAGACAUCCCAGCAAUCAAACACCAACACAACACACACUCCUGCAAACACAAGCAUGACAUACAAAGACACCACUGAACACCCCUGAAAUUAUAUUCUACACACAAAUGUACAUCUGCAUUUAAAAAUCCAACAAUGCAUCCAAACACACCUCUGCACGCAAAUGCAAACAUUACGUACACAUCCCUGUAUUAAAAUGCUAAAAUUAUGUACAAGCACCAACUGUACACACAGAAGCACACCUGCUCCUGAGUACUACAAUCUGUUUGCUAUCUGUAGAAAGUAAUAUAUAUAUAGCAAAAAAACUAAAUUUGCCAAAAAAAGAAAACAUUAUGCUCUGCUAAUUGAAAGGUUUAUGCUACAAUGCAAUUUUUUUGGGGGGUGGGGGGAACGGGUAGGGGUGUUCCACGAUGUUGACACAAUAUGUCAAAGGGUUCCACAGGAAAAAAUAAUUGGAACCCCUGCAUUAGGGUAUUCCUUUAAUUUUAUUGAUAAAGUAUUAUAAAUUUGUCCAGCAGGGGGCAGCACAUUCACUAUUCUAAGGAAUAUACACUUUAUUCCACAAUUUCAAGCUACGCACAGUAAAAGAAUAGCAGAAUAAGCAUAGUGAAACACUGCAUUCCAUGUUCUUAAAUCAAAUGCAUUGCCGAGACGUAUCCUCAAUAUGGAAAAUAAAAAUUUUUUAUGUGCAAUUUGGCUUUUAGGUUGCUACAAUUCAGAGUUUCGUGAAUAAAUUUUGUUAAGCGAUUUGGAGUCUACCCAGAGUGCAUUCUAGUACAUUUAAAUGUGUUUGCUUUUUUAAAAAAAAAAUUUUUUUAUUAUUCAUUUUUUUUAUUUCAGGUGCUGUUUCUAUUCACACUGCCUGUAUUAGGAAUUGUUCUAUUUGCUCCAACAUUUUCAAGGUCAGUUCAAUUUGUGUAAAGAUUCAAUGCUGUAUUUUACAGGAGAGGAGUUUAAAGUAUCGUUAUAAACUAGAAAACAGAUUAUCAUUUUGUAUUGAGUCCUGCUGAACAAUAGAAAAAUUUAUAAUUUCUACUAUUAUUAACAUUUAUAUAGCACCAACAUAUACCACAGCGGUUUAGAAUUAUAGAGGGGAUGUUUGAAGGUGAAGAGAGCCCUGCUCAAACAAGCUUAAAAUCUGUAGAAUUGAGGUAGGCAGAUACUGUGUCUGAGGUUACUACUGCUCUAACUAGCUGAUAUAUUUAUUAUUGAUAAAUACAUGUAUUAUUCAAAAUGAACUAUGCCUAUGCAGGAUUGCACACAACCCUCUGGCACUCGUACUGGUUGUGCAGUGCACAGGGACACAAAGGGACACUAUGGACACCCAGAAGUGUCUGGGUGCAAUGUCCCUGUCUCCUUAAACAUGCAAUGUUAAUUAUUGUAGUUUCUGAUAAACUGCAAUAAUUACAUUGCAGGGUUAAGGCCGCCUCUAGUGGCUGUCAAUCAGACAGCCACUAGAGGCAUUUUCUGGUGGUUAGGCGACUUUUGAUCGCCUGACGCUGGACAUCCUCACGCUCUGCAUGAGAAAAUCCAGCAUUAGUCAAAUCCCUAUUGGAAAGCAUUGUAGCAAUGCUUUCCUAUGGUUAGGGCCUAAUGCGUUCGCUUCACUCGCCAUGCAUUCGCACACCAUCCUCUGUCGGCUAAUGUCAGAGGGGGCAGAGCGCCGACCCAGCGCUAAGGGAGAUCAGCGCUGGAAUUUGGAUAGUACAGUAAGGGUAUUUUAUCCCUUACACUCCCAAAGGGGAGAGGUUGUGAGGGGGGUGGGGAGAGGGAAGUAUAGUACUAGGAAUACAAAUCUGUAUUUCUAGCACUAUAGUAUCUUUUUAAGACAAGGAUAACCUCAGCCUUUUGAUUUAGAACCCCCAUAACUCUCAGGCAUAUUAUAAGUGACCAAACGCACUGGCUAAGGUUCAUAAUGAUUGUAAUUCAGCAAUUUUUAAAGUGCUGGCUGUUGGCUAAAACUAACGAUCAGCUGCUUUUUAUGAAGUAAUACAUAAAAAGUAGCUGAUCGCUAGUACAGUGAACAAGGCUCCAGGCACGUUGACACCUAGGAAACAGUUAGCAAGCAGACACAUGGAGAUAUGAUACAACGUACAUAGAUAUAGAGGAUGGAGAGGAACUGAAUGCAUUGCUCUACCUAGCUUGCGGCUUAACAACAUGUCACCUUGUCAGUUUAAUCCCCUCUUUGUAAACUAUAUUUCCAAGGACUCACUUAAUCUGAAAUAUAUGCAUGGUCAGCAUUAUUCUGACAUAAAAGAGGACAUUUCAAUUAUACGUGAAUGAAAACAGAGAAUUAAUGCAUAUGCCUUUCAGCAAUUUUCACUUGGAUUUUCCGUGUGGCAAUAAUGGCAGUUUUUGACGCGGCAGACAGUAUAUGGAUAUAUUGUUACUAAGUGAUAUUUUCUUCUGCAGUCAAUCAACCCCAGUGAAUUGUAAAUGGCAAGAUUUUGGUCCAUGGUCUGAAUGUGACGGCUGCUCAAAAACGCAGGUUUGUUAAUCUUAAUGGGUUCUCCACCCAGCUAUUGCUGACAUGCAUUGCUAUGAAGUAAUUGGAAAUGUAAUAAAACAGUUUUAUUGUCGACACCUUUUUUAUUGCAACAAUUUACCAAGUACAUUGAGCUCCAUCUAUUACACAGAAUAUGUUUUUCACAGAGCAAAAACGGCAAGCUACACAACUCAAAAAGUUCCAACGACUGUAACUCUGAUUAUAUUUAUCUGAGAUAUGCUUAUGUACUUUAGAAAACAUUUGCUUCUAAGCCCUGACAAAUGCUAGGUUCCUUCAGCAAAUGGGAAGACUAAGGACAGCUAAGUGAUCUGGUACAUGGUAGGGAGCCAUCCUCUCCUCUUGGUCUUUUGUCAUUUACUGACGAGGUAACUCAAGGAAGGACAGGCUUUUGGUAAGGUUAGUGUAGUAAGUUUGAAGAAUUGUGAAUCAAUGGUGUGCUUUACAAACUGAUAAUGGUAGAAAGUAGGUCCAGGCACUCAAAGUUUCAUUAAGUUUUCAAUGAAUCUGCCCCUUUUUAAAGAAAACUUGGGUGUCUGAACCUACUUUUUACCAUUAUCUUCUAAAUUGGGUUUUGCCAACCCUGUCCUUGAUGCUCCUGGAUUUUACUGUGGCAGUGCAGUAUUCUUCAUUUUCACAAACUGAAACAGAAGAUAAGGAGAAACUUGCAAGGAAGCCAAGAGCCUGCCAUUAGUAAUUCUUAUUCAUAUGUGUGGAUACAAUCAAGAAGGAAAACACAAAUGUAAACCUAAAUAUGGUUUAAAAAAUUAUUUUAAAAUAUAAUAGGGAUUACUUGCCUAUUCUUAUUUGUCCUAAUCUAAAAAAAAAGUGGUCAGUUUUUUUUCAAUACUAUAUGUAUAUUAAUACACUUCUUAUUGUGUAACACAUACAACUAUGCCGACCCAUUAAACUUAAUUCAUUAAUUCUUGAUUUCGGUGACAGCAGCUGUCUUAUUAAAUGUUCUUAAUUAUAUAUCAUUGUUUAAAACUUCAAUAAUAUCAUGUACCACCAUGUGGUUAGAAAUUUUACUGCUCUCAAUAAAAUAUUGCCUGUCUGAAGGCAAUGAUUAAUUAGGAAUUUAUCUUCCAAGUAGAUUUAAAUACGAAGAUAAUAUAAAAGAUGUUGUUGGUAUGCUGACAGCAGCAUCGCUAUAUAAAUUGAGUAGUCUUUUAGCUAUAGUUUUAUUACAAAAUCAGAGUGCAUUGCAUGGUGUAACAUUUGAAAUGUCAGUGAAGAUCUUUUCUUCGACUUUAAAUAUAGAAUGAUUUUUAGCUGCUUAUCUGGACUUAACUAACUAUUAGUAGAUUAGCAUUGAACAUUUAUGUCUUGAAAUAUAAUGAACAUUUUUAUGCUUUUUUUUUUACUUGUAUACAUUUUUAGACUCGCAGACGGGCUGUAGCUGUGUAUGCUCAAUUUGGCGGUCAGGAAUGUGUUGGAAGUGCGUCUGACACCAGGGCAUGUGUUCCGACAAGAGGAUGCCCUAUAGAAGAUGGAUGCGGCAAUCGAUUUAGGUGUUUUUCAGGUACUAUGGAAACACAUUAAUGAUUGGAUGUAUAUUCAAAUGAAAUUUUAUGGAAAAUUGUAAAACAUAUGAUUGAUUUUGAAAUUUCCCAAAUAAUCACCUCUUUUAAUGUAUGUUUGUGUUACUUCUCAUUGUACAGUUAGCAAAAUAAAUAGUUUGAUUGGUAAAAGAAGAUAUAUGUUUAUCAAUAACUUUUCUAUACAUCAUGAAUAUACAUUUUAAUUUAUGCCAGCUUUAUAACUCAAAGUCUAUACGACACAAUGAAUUUUAUUCACAAGCUUGACACUAGUGAAGAACUGACGGGAGAAGAUUGUAAAUUGUUUAAAAGGACACUAUAAGCAUCCAGACCAAUUCAUCUCAAUGAAGUGGUCUCGGUGCAGUUCCCCUGCCAUUUUGGUCCAGCAAUAUAAAACAUUGCCAAUUUGGAGAUACAGCAAUGUUUACAUUGCAGGACUAAACAUAGCUACAGUGGCAAGUCAAAGCCAGUUCACUAAUGACAGAAACCAAACAUUAUUGUGUAGCAGCAGCAAACUCUUCAGUCUUCCUGCACUGACUAACAUAGAACGCCAACUUCAGAGCCCGCACAGCAAGAAGCACACUGACCAGACUUUCAUCUCCCCUUGUCCGUAUGUUGCAAGGGGAAUAAAUCUUCCCAGGCAUGCCCAGUGCACUGUUUCAGCAUUCCUAGGGAUAUGACACUUAUUGGUUAGAUCAGUGUCUCCCCUGGUGUGGGUGUGGAAAGCAUACAAAAGAAGAAGAAGUUAAACAUGAAAAACAAAAAUCAUAUUUUCCUUCUUUUUUCAGCUUGCAGAGGGAGGCGACUGUCUCAUUCAAACCUAAAACUUUUGAAUGAGACGGUUGUUCCAAAGUGAUGCAUAUUUCUUUAAAUUGUGUUCUGCCAGCAUUUUCUGCAAUUGGAGCUUGAAACAUGUGAAUAAACGUAUCACAGUAUAGCCACAAUCUUAUUAGUUUUUAUAAAUGUAAGUAAUUUUCAAUGAAUAUUGUACACUGCUCUUUCCUCUUUUAUUGUCUAAUUUGUGGUAGAGUUACAGUGCACUGGCCGUAGAAUGCUUGUCGAUUGGAGAUGACGGUAAUAUCAAUAAGGGACUUUGGGGAGCCUUUUAUUGUAAAACCUUUUCCUUCAUGAAUACUGCAGGAAGUGGAAUGUGAGUUCAUGCUUUCUGAUAUUAAAGAGGUGCACACAAAGAAAUUGUGGGGGUAGAGGACUAGAACAAAAACUUGUGGAGAAAAAAAGAAAAAAAGACGCAAAGGAGAUUGUUGAAAAAGUAAAGAAACUUACAAUAACUGCGUAAGAAAAAGAAAAGAAAAACAUAAGAAGUGGGGUCCUUUAACAGGUUUAUGGGUUCUAAAGCUGCCUAGAAAAAUUACAAAGACUACUAGAAUAAAUGGAGUUUACUGUAGAUUAUGAAAGAGAGGAGAUUUUCAUUGUGAUUGGCCUGUGAUUUGAAGGUUUUAGACUCCCAGUUGCAGCUGCCAGUGCAGCAAUUAUUUUCUGAACUUUCAGUGCAGCUCCUUUUAUUGCAUGAAAAUUUGUGCUGGAGAGGACUUCACAAAGCUGUAUGUAUUGAGCCAAAGUGUGUUUAAAUAAUCAGUAAACUCCCCAUGUGUUGUGUACCAUCAUAUUUUAUCUACUCUCCUAGAUCGAGCUCUUGAUCUUAAAGAAGCCAAACUGAUGCUUUCUCAUGGUGCCACAAAUCAUUAUCUCCUCCUCUGUUUAGUAUCAGUCUAUCUGUGGACUUAUUAAGGGUGCACUGAAAUAGUUGUGGUGCUAGAAUACGGUCUUAACAAACACACGCUUUAGUUCCCCAACAGGAUUAUUCACUAAAGUGAGAAUUAUCUGGAUUUCAAGAUGAAUUCCAAAUUUCAAGAAUACAUAACUGAACUGGAAAUAAAUCCUCAAUUCAGCUCAGUUUCUAACUUCUGCUACCUUGGCCUUAAAUGUGAAAUUGACUUUUAAUUCCUGAUAAUUCUCAUUUAAUGAAUUACCAAGUUGUUCACUACUGGAAUCUAAAGAUGAGUUUGUAGCUUCACCUAGAAGCCCUGUCAAUCAAAGACUAACAACUUAUACUUCUUGGCUCUCAACAUGCAUUAUGUGAAAGUCCAAAGACAAUUCCUGUCUCUAUGAAUGGAACCAUCAUUGGACUUGCAAGUGUUCAGUCAACGUUAGCAGUUGCAUAUCAACACAUUUGUAUGAGUUGGUAAGAAAGAUAAAAAGUUUAACUCCAUUGAACAAAAACUUCACUGUUUGUCAACUUAUCCAUAAAAAACAAUUAUACUGUGUAAUAGACCAUGUAAUAAAGCUUGAUUGUUGUCAAUAUUGUUUUAGAGCAACUGAAAAGAUAAUUUAUUAAAUUACACUUUUUAAUUAAGUUCGUAACGUCUUUUAUUCUCUCAUUAUAUGGCACGUAAGGCGUCCUCUUCAUCUCAAGUUCUCUUUGUAUGAUAUUUUUUUGGGGGGAAUUCUUUAUUUUCAAAGACAGAACGAAGAAACAGGCAUAUGAGCAGUACAUUGGCUUGCGCAGAAGCCAGGAUCCUUAUUUUUCAGUGGUUUCACAUUAAUACAGAAAAUGUGUUAUUAGGUGUUAAUACCAUUGUGCAGAUUUUAAGUUUACUGUUUUCUCUUUCUGUCACGUUUUUCGUUCAUUUACAUAUAGAGUGACAGCAUAAACUUUGCAUGGUUAGAUUCUACCUUAAGAUCUUUGGCUGUUGCCAUUUCUUGGGUUUAUUAUUUUUCACCUUCGAUUCCAAUAAAAGGUCUACCCACGUGCCUUGCUACUGUUCUCUUCAAUCUAGAUUUGUCCUGGUUCCCCUUACGAAUUCUACUGUUGUAUCCCUCCUAGAGGGUCAUUUUUGGACCCGUCUUCCCUAUCUAACAGCUGUGCAAUAUCUCCCAGGUACGCUUUCUCAUCUGUGUCUCCCUCGUGAUCCCUUGCAGGUUGGGGGUGCCCUUCUGUUAUAUUGGGGUUGCUCUAGUUAAUGAUGGCUACUUCAAAAGGCAACUACUCCAUGCUAAUUAUUUUAGAUAUUGGUGUUUUAUGCUCGGAUUCUCAAAACACUGUGUGGACCGGGGCCAGAGCGUGAGAAGGGGGUAGGGGGAGGGUGUAGUAAGUUGGACUUGUGUCCAGCUAGUGUGGUUGGGCGAGUAAUGUGGUAGGCACUAUCGAACAAAAAUUAUAUUAUUAACUCAUUUAGGACCAAAGACGUUUCAUGAUUAUCAUCAUAUUAACAAGAGAUUUGCCAACCCUUGCCCCCAAAAGGUUAAAUGGCAUGCUAAUAUGCAGUUAGAAUAUUAAAGAAGUUGUCAGCUCUAAUUUUGCCUCCAUGUUGCGCCCAAUGACUGGUUGGUAAGCUAUGCAAGUUUACCCGUGAGUGUGCAUCAACCUAAUUCCUUCACAAAAUCUUUGAAAACACACAUCUUCAGGAGUGCAUAUCCUUUAAACUGUUAGCAGGUUUUCAUUCUCUCCCCUCUCCCAAUGACUCCUUUCCUGCAACAGUCAAAAAUAACCUACUAAAAUUUCAGUGAAUACUUUUCUAGGAACCUAUUUCAUUACCUCUACUUAUACCCUUUGUGUCGCUAUACCCCACUCCUUCUAGCAUGUAAGCUCAUCAAGCAGGGCCCUCAACCCCUCGUUCCUGUGCGUCUAUUUGUCUGGUUACACUUACGUGUCUGUUAGUCCACCCAUUAUACAGCGGAAUUUGCUGGCGCUAUAUAAGUAAUAAAAUAAUAAUAAUAAAGAUAUAAGAACAAUUAGAAAUUUGGAAUAAAAUCAUAUAGAUUACCAAGAAGAAUUUAGAUGAUGUUUAAUUACCAAUUAAAGGAAAUGCAUACAAUUAAACUGAUGCCCAAACUUAGUAGCAAAUUUCAGAAAACGUAUCUUUUGUUGAAGUUGAUGUUAUUACCACUGGGAGGCACUGUUCUACUAAAGUAAAAGUCUAUUGUCCUAUUUUUCUUAUUUAACAUUGCCGAGAUGACAGCAACAGCUGCUAUUAAACUUCAGUUUAAUUUUUCUGCACUUCGCACUUCAAUGUCACUCAGACUGGUUUGGUUUUAUUAUUUUAUUACAAUUUAUCAGCAAUAGACACUAUAUUCAUUUCAUCCUUAUUUUUUGGUGGAAGUAAUUUAAAUUUAGCACUCUAAAUAAGAUCCAUCUAGAAAUUAUUUAAUAUAUAUUAUUUGAGAAUGAUUAUAGACAGAUUAAGCUGAAAAGGCGGAAAAAGCCAAUAAGUCUUGUCAUUCUUACUGGGAGUGGUGUUUAAAUGGAUUGUGCAAGAUAUAUCUUAGGGUUAGAUAACCACAUCUCUGAUAACAGAAUAUUAAUUUUAUCAUACAUAUCAGUUGGAGAACUGAUAAUCAGUUAAAGAAACACUACAGGGUUAAGAACACAAAUAUGUAUUCUUGACCCUAUAGUGUUAAAACCACCAUCUAGCCCCCCUCACACCCCCUUGUCUCCCUAAAUAUAGUAAAAACUUACUUGUAUUCAAAUCUGCAGCUGCUGCCCCUGACCUGCCUGCUGUCUACUGACAUCAUCAGAUGUGGUGGUCUGAGUCAAUCAUAAUGCUUCCCCCUAGGAUUGGCUGAAACUAUCAAGGAGGCAGAUCAGGGGCAGGGCAAGCACAAGUCAGCAUCUCCACAUAGAGAUGCAUUGAAUCUGUAUGAGGAAAGUUCAGUGUCUGCAUGCAGAGGGUAGAGACAGUGAAUGACAGUACUGCACAGUGUGCAGCACUUCCUCAGAAAGCACCUCUAGUAGCUAUCUGAGGAGUGACCAGUGAAGGGAACCAUUUUCUCUGAAAAGACAGUGUUUACUGCAAAAAGCGUGAAGGGAAAAAUUCUACUCACCAGAACAAAUAUAAUAAGCUGUAUUUGUUCUGGUGACUAUAGUAUUCCUUUAAUUGAAUUUUGUUUCACAAACAUUGUUAUAUAUCUUUUCAACUAUAUUUCUAUCCUUAAAAACAACAUUGUGUCCCUCACUUCAGGUCAAUGUAUCAGCCAAUCACUCGUAUGUAAUGGAGAUCACGACUGUGAAGAGGACAGUUCCGAUGAGGCAAAUUGUGAUGUUAGACACAAAGUCUGUGAUACUGAUAAGUACCCUCCUAAUACAGAACUCACUGGAUUAGGGUAAGAAAAAAAGAGUUGAAAAGUAAACUAAUAAUAACAAUUAUAUAUACAUAUAUUAAUAUUAUUAUUAUGUUUAUUAAUGUUAAUUUUGCUUUUUUGUGUCAUUGAAAGAAAUGUGUAAAAUUAUGUUAAACUCACUAAUUUUAUAGAUUUUUAUUUCAGGACAAAUAAUUAAAAUGGGCAAGCAUAUAGUUUUUACUAUAGGUUUGGAACAGUAUGUGUGUCUUAUAUGUAUUCAUCAGCCAUAAUGUCCCUUUCCAACUUUUGACACUCUGAGCACCAGAAACACUAAAUCUUAAUGUAGUGGUUUUGGUACAUAGACCAUUUUCUUCUGACAAAUGUAAAAUACUGCUGUUCCUGAGUAAUUCAAUGUUUAGACUUUUCCUAAAUCAUGUCUCUAGUCUAGCGACAGUCAGACAGAAACUCAGUAGAGGCACUUCCUGCUUAAAAACUUUGAUUUUCUAAGGUCUUGACAUCAGGGCCUCAAUUUAAUAUUGUUGGAUAAGCUUUCCAAAUGACUUAAUAUUUUGGGUAAACUUUUUAAAAAAUGUAAUGUGUUUCAUAGUUAGAUUCUUUUAAAUUUAGAAUUUUGUAAUAUCUUGAUAAAUUAAUAGAUUAUGUUUCUGUAGGAUAUAUUUUUUUAUAUUUUAAUAUUUUGAACAAAUAAUUUAAAACGUUUUUCCAAAAAUAUUAAAUAAUUUGGUAAGCUUAUUCAACAAUAUUAAAUCGAGGUUUGUCAUUAUGCACAGCAUGAUGACAUCAAACGCAACUAAAGCUUUUCAUAGAGAGGCAAGGGAUUCUGUGUAUUUAGAUAAUAGCAUUAGAUUGGACAAAAGACAAUUAGAACUAAUUACUUAGUCGGAAGAGGAGCAGAUGCAGAAGGAAGUCUUAACUAGUGCUGGAUUACAGGUAAGUUUUAUAGUUUUAAUUAACUUUUUAUGACAAAGAGGGACUCCAUUGUUUGGCCCUAAAUAAGAAACCCUUUAAUGUUAAAAAAAUAAAUGUAAAGAUGUCUUGCAUCCUGCAUACUUCAAGUGCUUUGCGGCGAAAUGGGCUGUAUUCUUUCUGAUUGUACUGAUUAAAAUUUCCUUUUCGUGAUUAUGAUGUCGAUAGAAACAUAGAAACAUAGAAUGUGACGGCAGAUAAGAACCAUUCGGCCCAUCUAGUCUGCCCAAUUUUCUAAAUACUUUCAUUAGUCCCUAGCCUUAUCUUAUAGUUAGGAUAGACUUAUGCCUAUUCCACGCGUGCUUAAACUCCUUUACUGUGUUAACCUCUACCACUUCAGCUGGAAGGCUAGUCCAUGCAUCCACUACCCUCUCAGCAAAGUAAUACUUCCUGAUAUUAUUUUUAAACCUUUGUCCCUCUAAUUUAAGACUAUGUCCUCUUGUUGUGGUAGGUUUUCUUCUUUUAAAUAUAGUCUCCUCCUUUACUGUGUUGAUUCCCUUUAUAUAUUUAAAUGUUUCUAUCAUAUCCCCCCUGUCUCAUCUUUUAUCCAAGCUAUACAUGUUAAGUUCCUUUAACGUUUCCUGGUAAGUUUUAUCCCGCAAUCUAUGAACCAGUUAAGUAGCCCUUCUCUGAACCCUCUCUAAGGUAUCAAUAUCCUUCUGAAGAUACAGUACGGUGUACAAUACUCCAAGUGAGGUCUCACCAGUGUUCUGUACAAUGGCAUGAGCACUUCCCUCGUUCUACUGCUAAUACCUCUCCCUAUACAACCAAGCAUUCUGCUAGCAUUUCCUGCUGCUCUAUUACAUUGUCUGCCUACCUUUACCUUAUGGCUUGUUUGCAAUACUGUACUCUCCUGCACCCUUUCUUCUGCUCUUCUUUUUGUUAUAUAGAAUAAUUUUCAUCUAAAGCAAUGUGAUCAUUUGCUGUGAAUAACACAGCAGUGCAUAAUAUCAAGUAGUGCCAAGCAUGAAUUAUGAAAAAAAAAAGCUAAGGGUUAUUAAUCUCUCUCAAUUUUCCUUGACAUCGCUGGUGCCUGUGAUACUGUUGACCACUCCCUUCUUCAAGCCCUCCACAAUAUUGGACUCCUUGACACUGUACUUUCCUGGUUUUUAUUCUAUCUUUCUAAAUGCUCAUGUAGUUUCUCUUUCUUGGGUGCCACCCUCUCCCCACUAGCUGUCUCGGUUGGUGUUCCCCAAGGACCUUCUUGGUCCUCUUUUAUUUUCCAUAUAUACUGCCUCUCUCGUUAACAUUAUUAACUUCUUUGGAUUUAAUUACUAUCUAUAUGCUGAUGAUACUCAGUUUCACCUCUCCAACCCCCAGACCUCUCUCCUGCUGUCCUGGAACGUGUCUCAAACUGCCUCUCUUCCAUCUCUAACUGGAUGUCUUCCUGUCUUUCUAUGACUGAACUCCUCAUCUUUCCUCCUUCAAAAGGUCCUCCAUCAAUCUCCUUGCAAGUCAAUGGGACACCUAUUGCCCCAAGCCAUCAAGCUUGCUGCCUUGGUGUUACUUUUGACCCAGGUUGUACCUUUUCUCCUUACAUCCAGUCUGUCUCUAACUCCUGUAACUUCCACCUUAAAAAAUAUUGCCCACAUUUGCCAUUGUCUAACUCAAGAUACAACUAAGGCACUUGUUCAUGCACUCCUCAUUUCCUGACUUGAGUACUGCAACUCACUGCUCAUUGGGCUUCCACAUACCCACAUUGCCCCUUUCAGUCUGUGAUGAAUGCUGCAACCUGUCUCAUCUUUCUGACUGAUUUCUAUUCCUACACCUCCCCCCUUUGCCAAUCAUCACAUUGGCUUCCUGUACCCUUCAGGAUCCAAACCUACAAAGCCCUCACUAACUCCACUCUGCACCACAUUUCCGCUUUACUUCAACAAAUAUACCCCUUUUCAUUCCCUUAGCUCUGCAAAUGACCUUCUUCUGACAUCUGCUCAUUCUCACACUGCCAACUCUUAUCUGUAGGAUUUUUCAAUUGCUGCUCAGUUUCUAUGGAAUUUGUUACCCCAUGCCAUCAGUCUCUCCCUUAGCCUUCAGUUCUUUAAGAAGUCAUCGAAAACACACCUCUGUAGGAAAGCUUAACAUCUUCCUGAUUGAAGACACUCUCAUUUCACAGCCUUCACCAGUUCCCUCGCCUCCAUAGUCCAACUCACUUUGUCUCCUGCAACUGUUUGGUUCUUUCACACUCCACUUCCUCAUAGAUUGUAAGCUUGUUUGAGGGCCUUCUUCACCUUUUGUCUCUGUCAUAUUUCAUAUGUUAAUUACUUGUUGCUAAAUAUCCCAAUUUUAUAAUUAUAAAAUGCUGUGGAGUAUGGUGAUAAUAAUAUUAAUAAUAAUCAUAAUGUGCCUGAACAAUAUCCAAUCCAUUUAGCGUGUCUUGAUUUCGACCAUACAUAGAAAGACUGGGCUACAUGUGACAAUAGAUCCAUAAUUUAUACCUACAUUUUCAUUACUUUAUAUUAAAUUUGUUUCGGCCAAACCACUUCAUCUGAAAAUAAAAAGGUUUUUGGGACGGUGGAAUUUUGUCCUUAUGGCUAUUCGACUCAUCUGAAUUUCAUUCACGAAAAAAAGACUUGGGAAAAUGAAUCAUACGAACCAAUAAGGUUUAGAAAUGGGCGAAUCAGUGUACCACAAAAUAUGCACAGUACACUGAUGGUCGCGUUUUACUGUCAUUUUGUUUACAGAUCAAGUGAGAAAAAGUGACUAAUAGAGGAAAAAUAAGGAAGAGCAGUAAAAAAAAAAUAUAUAUUGACAUAUAAUAUAUAAUAAAUAAAUAUAUUAUAUAGUAAUAUGAUUUUUUUUUUUACCGUUUAUCAUUUUAUCCUCUUAUUGCACAAUUCUUAUUUGAUCUGUGAAUAAAAUCACCAUUUAGUGUCUGCCUCCCUAGCCAUCAUUUUUGUUGUGGUUUUUUUUGUCCUUGAAUGUUUUACAGCUGAAAUAUCUCAUAAAGGCUUCCCCAAGGUGUCCACGGGAUGUAUCAGUGGUAGCUGGUGAUUGUUGGGUUCUUCCCAAUUAACCCCAUGAUAUGCCAUCCCCUGUCCAAAACCAGCAGCAUCUACAGUCAUUAAUAAAGAGGAGAAUGGAUUGUGCAGAUAUAAUCCUGACAGAUACCUGUUUUUCCUAACACACACAUUAAUAGUCCUUACAAUGCCAGUAAAUGUGAUAUAUUUUUUUGCACAAAAACUGCGGGGGAGAGGCGGCAGCAGCCGUCUAACCGCCCCCUUAGUACUGACCUCCACUGGAAAGUACAUAGCAGAUAAUAUACAAAGAAAAACAAAUAACCUUCUGCUUCUUGUUGAUAAAUAGCACAAACAGCAAUAUCGUUUGAAAUCUAUGACCUUGCAUUGAAAUGGCAUAUUACUGGAUUCUUAACAUUGCAAUGCCAACCUCCAAUGAUGUAUUCAGUUUAGAUUAAUCCAAUUGGAUGCUUUUAUUGGAGAAGAAUGUGAGCCAUCCCUGACUACCUUUUUAAACCGUGGAUAAUAGGGAAUUCAGUAACUUAGCUUUUGUGGUUUAGCUAUAUAAUAAUUUAGUUAGGGCUGACAAAAUCAAAUAAAUAACUUGACAAAAUGUAAAAAUCUGAAUAUGCCCUUUUGCAACAAUAAUUACAUAUUUUUUUAUUAUCAAAUGAAAGCAAAAAGCUUGAUAAAAUAAUAUAAUCAUUUGUAAACUGAAAUAAAGUAUAUUUGCAUAUCACAGUGUAAAAUGUUAUCAGUCUGGCAGCCGAACAAGGAAUUAUGACCAAAACAAGUUUGUAUUUCUACUAAAGCCUUGCUUAUCGUUAUCAUUUUGGACUAAUUUGAUGCAGGCAUUGAGCACUGCAAUAUUUUAUUAUUCACUUUGGCUUUCCGUGUCACACUCUCUAUGAAUAAUGAAUAAAAACUGCAAGUGGAAAAUGAUAAUUAUAUUCGGGGAUCAUGAAUAUUUUUGGGCUGGUUGUAUUUUCUUUUUAAAGUUUUUUAUUGUACUAGUAUCCAGCAAAUUUAGUUAAAUAGAAAUGAAACCCAGCGUUUCCAAAUUCGAAAGCACCGUGGAACAUAGAUUGGAAAACAGAUUUCCUUCAAAUUAAAAUGUAUAAGGAUUUCUAUAGCAGGAAAAUAAAUUAUGUUGGGAUUUUUGUUUUGUGUGCUGUAGUAGGUCAUUGCUGUGCACGAUCAAACAUACACAAAAGGGAGAAGAAGGAGGGAGAACAUUUUUAAUAAUACAAUUAUUUUAUAUUCCUCAUAUUUCAAUUUCCAAUAUAAAAAGCUUUAAAAUGUAUGAAUCUGUAUGUUGAAUCUGUUGAAUCUGUAUGUCUGUCUGUCUCUGUCUUGUAGUGCAUGAUCAGAGUAUGUAUGUGAGUGUAGUAGUAGUAGUGGCGAUACCUGUAACUGAAGGUUAGUACCAAUUUCCACAAUUUAUCAAGGUGGGGCAAGGUGGUCUGCCCCAGGUGUCAGGUGUCACAGAGAACCCCCUCCUAUCAGAGCAGGCACCUGCCUACAGGCAUGUUUAUUGCAUGGGUUCCUUUCUACCGUAACGGCUGUGGUCUUGUGCUGAGGGAACUUCGGAGAUCAGUAUCUACACCGAUUAACCAGCUCCCUUGUAUGCUCUGUACUGAUACUGCACCUGGGAUAUGAUGUUACCCAGUCCCGGCAUCAGUACAGAGGAGCUGGGCAAUCAGUGCAAAAAAUUAUCCCAUUAGCUCAAUAAUGGACAUGAGAUUCCCUUAAAAAUUAAUCAAGGGAAGACUGGAUGGAUGUUUUUUUAAUGAAAAAAAUAAAUAAAAUAAAAAACAUGUGUGUGUAUGUAUAUAAGUAUGUGUGUGUAUGAGUCACUGUGUGUGUAUGAGUGUGUAUAUAUAAAUGUGUGUGUACUAAUCUAUAUACAGAGCCUGAUUACUUAUAAGGAGACCACCUAGGGCUCAGGCUCAGACUCAGCCAAUACACACACAAAACACUCACAGAAACAGAGCCCAGGGCUUUAGGAGGGGUGCCCAAUCUGGCUCCCUGCUUAGGGCUCUGGGCAAUCUUAAUCUGGCACUGACUGUGGGUGUUUGUAUGAGUCUGUCUUUGUACAUGAAUGUAUGUGUAUGUGAAAGUGUGGGUCUGAGUCUCUGUGUGUGCAUAUGAAUGUGAGUAGGUAUGAGUCUAUGUGUAUCAAUGUGUGUGUAUGUGUAUGUGUAUAUGUAUCCAUGUGUGUUUAUGUGAAUGUAUGUGUGUACAUAAAUGUAAGUACAUCAUAUAUGAAUGUGUACAUGAAUAAUAAUGUCAGUAUGUGCAUGUAAUUUCCCUAACAAAAGAGUUUUUAAAAAGUUUUUUGUAAAAAUACAUUUCCUCCUCGGCUGUCAUUUAAUCUAGAUACCCGUCUGACCAGGUAGAAAAUAUUUCAUCAAUAUCCCACCAAGGAAUAGUUAAACCAUAUGGAAACAAAGUCCUUGUUUCAUCAUUAAAGAAAUACUAUAGCGUUAGAAAUACAAAACUAUAUGAACACAAUAGUGUUCAUCUGCCUCUGCAGCCCCCUCAGUUUCCCCACCGAGCCAUGAAAGGGUUAAAAAACCCUUUAAAGAGUUACCUGAGUCCAGUGCCAAGGUCCCUCGGUGUUGAUUAGGUAACCUCCCAUGUCAGUAAGAUCCAGGAAACUGAUGCACAUGUGAAGCGAGUGCCAUGCGCUUUCCUAUGGGGUUUUGCAAGAUACUGGACAUUCUCAUGCAGACCAUGAGGAUGUGCAGCAUCAUUUCAUGUAGUUAAACUAUGUGAAAAUACAGGAAGUUCCUCUAAUGGUUGUUUUGGAGACAGCAACUAGAGGCAGUCUUAACCAUGCAAAUUAAUCUCUAAAACUGAAAUGUUUUCACUUGCAGGGAUCGGGGAUUGGGACAUUGCGCCCAGACCACUUCAAUGAGAUAAAGUGGUCUAGGUGCCUAUAGUGUCCCUUUAAAAGUUUACUCCAGGCUGAAAUUGACAUUAUCCCCUUUUGAUGAAUACUAUAGACUGUGCAUGAAAAUUUGCAAUACUAGAAUAACGUAUUAAACAAUGCCCAACUUGGUAAGGCCUAUACAUUUCAGGCAGUCUCCAGAAUUUGUUCAUAAUGCCACUGACCUCUGCAACACCUGAAAAGUGUAUGAAAUAUUUCAGCCAAUGAGGGUUCAGUACAAAUAAAUCUGAGUUAUACACAUGUAAAACCAUGCUAAAAUAUAUUCUGUCUAGGAACCUUGCUGCUGCUGAUUUUACUUGCCUUAUUUUUUGCAUUACCUGGACAGCAAUGAUAUAUAAUAUACAGGUAAAUUAUCGUACCUCAAGCCUAUUUAUGCUUGCAAGUUGUCCUGGUUCCUGAACUAUUCUUAUAGUUGCUAUUAUUUUUGAAUAUGUUCUGGAUAACUUAACCUGUCUUGAUAUGGAUGCAAUUAUAAUGGGAAGAACUCCCGUUAUAUGCUAUACUUUAUUAACUGGUCUGCUUGGCAGGGACUGAUGAUAUCUACUUUGUUUUCUUUUUUUUUGCAUUUUCCUUUUUUUGUUCACAUAUUUCUUAUACCAUGUUUAUUGCAGUUUUGAUGUCCGAACUCAAGAAUUAAAGAGUGGGGUUAUUCAUACAAAAAGUUUUGGUGGAAAGUGUCGCAAAGUUUUUAACGCUGAUAACAGACAUUUCUACAGGUUAAGUGAAAAUGUUCUGGCUUACACAUUCAAGGUAUGUUGCAUUUAUUACAAACCAAAAAGUAAAACACCCAUUAAUUAAAAUGUGGAAAGCACACAGUGAAGGGGUAUAUAUAUAUAUAUAUAGCAUUACCCUUUCCCUCAAUCAACUGUAGACAGAUUAGGACUCCUCUAAGUUCUCAAAAAAAUACAUAAAACCAAAGUAUCCACGGUAGACAAAACAAAACAAAACAAAAAAAAUCACAUAGGGUCGUAUUUUAUACCAUAAAUUCAAUAGACAAUUAUUGCACUCACAAACAAUAUGAAUGCAAUUAUAUUGUGAGUGCAAUAAUUGCCUAUUGAAUUUAUGGCAUCCAUACAAUACUACCCUAUGUGGUUUUUGUUUGUUUUUUGUUUUGUCUGUCGUAGAUAGUUUGGUUUUAUAUGUUUCAUGUAUUAUAUAUUUAUUUGAUUUUCUUUAAGUUUAUAUUUAAAAUAUAUAGCAAAUUAGCUAUGCUAUCAUGUUUCUUUGUAACUUUAUGUCUCCAAAGCAUUCACAUAGAGGUUAAAGCUUUCAACAAAUUAUCACACUAUGGACUUUGUAGCUUCAAAUAGAGUUUGGUAGUAAGGUAGUAGUUACUAUUGUUAGUAGUAUUUUCGAUUACUGCAUAGGCCAGGAAAAAAACCCAUCAAAAGUCAGUGUUAUAAUGUAAGUAAGGGUUAGGAAAAAACACCAUUUGUAAAUAAAGUUGUUUGGUAUGCAACGAUUUUAAAGGUUAGAAAAUAAACAUUUAAAUAAAGUUGUUUGAUACAAAGAAUAUUUAAGGGUUAGAACAUAAACAUUUAAAUAAAGUUGUUUGAUACAAAGAAUAUUUAAGGGUUAGAACAUAAACAUUUAAAUAAAGUUGUUUGAUAUGUAACACCUUUCUAUUUUCCCUGUGCUACUAAUCCAGGUAUAGUUCUCUCCAUUUGAAUAUUGUCCCUCAUAUCCCAUUAUCAUCCCAUUUAGGCUUUAAUCCCCCAACUCAGAUAUCUGCAGUUUACAGUCCCUAUAUAUUUUCACAUUGUCCAUCAAUGGUAAAGGGCAAGCACUCUUGGUUUCCUAUGAGGUCUUCCCACACCAGGAAGUAGUUUGGCUUAUCAGAAGCCACCAAUUCUACUCUAUAAAAUCUGAAGUAUGGAUAUAUUUAACCCAGCACUGCAAGGGAUAGCAUGCAUAUUGCACACUAGCUUUUUAACUCUAUUUAAAAUGUUAGAAAUGUGAUUGGCAAUAGUCUAUGAAAAAGAAAUAAAUUGCAACUGUGUCUUUCUCACCUAUAACUCCAUCAAUUCCAAGCAUAAUGCAAAAUUGGUGUUGGUGCCUUGAUUGUUCCUUUAAAAAUAAAAAAAUUGGUUUUAAUGUAAAGCGAAGAUUUGCAUUAUGUGUGGAAUAUAAAAUUGUCACUUUAUUUGUAUUUCUUUUUAAAAUAAUACAGAAUAUUGAAGGACGUAAUCAUUAAUAUACAUUGUAACAGCUUGUUGACACAAUGAGAAAUUGUGUUUUGGAGCGAAACAGGAUUUCUUACCGCUUUUUUUCACUUCAAAUUUCCGUUGUUUUUUUUUGUCUUCUUUAGAAUUAACAGCAGAAUUAUGUUUGAAUAGCUGAACUUUUUUUUUGGUUUUAGCUUGAAUCUGUUUUUAAUCUAAAAUUAAGAUUAAUUAAAGGAAGGUAAAAUUAAAGGAAUUCCUAAACAAUUGUAAUCCCUCACAGGUAGAAACAAAAAACGAUUUUAACUACGACUUCUACAAUAGCAGCUGGUCUUACGUCAAAAGUACUACAACCACUGUAAGGACUAACUACAAUUAUAACAGUGAUGACUCCACAUAUACAAGCAAUACAAAAGAAAAGGUAAAUACAAAGGUUAAUAAAAUGAAUUCUCAAUAUAAAAAAGGAGACAUAAUAUGGAGGAGAGCAUGCAGUAAUUGUCCAUUUUACACUCUGUAACUUAGUGAUAUAUCUGUGCAACAUGCCUUGAAGUUGAUCUUUUGCAUUUUAAUUAAAAAAUAUAUUUUAAAUCCAUAAAAAUAAUAUCAUAAUGAAUUACUCGCUUUUUUGAUGUUAUGUUUCAGUCUUUUUUUUUUUUUUUGUGUGUUAAGGUACAUUUGUCAUGCUGUAGCUGUAUUGAAGGACGAGCUCGCAGAGCUGGAUACAGAGAGCUAGUCUCUGUAUUCAUUGUUCAGAGGUUUGCAGUGCCACUGUGUUGUGAGCUCUCCGACUGUAAUUAUGGCAUUAUUUGCAAACUAAAUUAUUUGCAAAAAAACAAAUUUAAUUAGCAAUUAUGCUAAUCAUUUAUACACGACUGGGGAGUAUGACUACAUACCCUUUCAGUUGUGUAUACAUUACUGCUGGUGUGUGUAUUUCUGAGUGUGUCUGGCAUUGUCUACCUGCGUAUGUGCAUGAAAGUGUGUGUCUGACUGAGAGUAUCCUUGUGUAUGAAUGUCUUUUUGAGCAUGUGUCUGGAACCAUUUAUGUGUGGGGUAGCUGCUUGUGGUGUGUGGUGUUUAUGGGGCUGCCUGUGACCUUUGUGCAUGUGUGUAUGAUGAAUGUUUUCAGUUUGGGACUGUGACAAGGUGAGUAAAGGGGUAACUGUGGCAGGGUGAGUGUGACAUGGUGAGGGGGGUAAAUGAGACAGGGUUGGGGGGAGAGUGUGACAGAAUGAGGCAGGGUGAGAAUGAUAGGGGGGCGAUUGUGACAUGGUUGAAAGAGGGAGUGUGACAGGACAUGGGGAAGUAAGUGUGAUAGGAUCAGAGGAGGUUAAUGUGACAGUCUGCGUUUGGCAUUUAGGGGGUGUAUCACAGUUGUGGGGUAAAUGUGCCAUGUUUGGAGGAGGCAGUGUAACAGAAUGAGGGGAGAUGGGUGUUACAAGAUUAAGGGGGUUAAUGUGGCAGGAUUAGGUUAAUGUGACAAGGUGUGUGUGCGUGGGGAUGAUAGGUUGUGGGUGACAGAGUGUGAGUGUGAGGGGAGUGACAGGGUGGGGAGCUGUCAUGCCACGGCCAGUAAGGCUGUAACAGGGUGGGAGAGCUGUAACAGGGGAGGGGGGACUGUGACAGGUUGGUGGGGCUGUGACAGGGUGGGGGGGCUGUGAGAGGGUAGAGGGAUUGUGACAGGGUAGCGGGGACUGUAACAGGGUAGAAGGGCUGUGAGAGGGGAUGGAGGGGCAGUGACAAGAUGUGUGGGUGGCUGUGACAGGGUGGGUGUGGGGGCUGUGACAUGGCAGGGGGGGCUGUAACAGGGUAGAAGGGCUGUGAGAGGGGGUGGAGGGGCAGUGACAGGAGGUAGAGGGGCAGUGACAGGGGGUAGGGAGGUGGAGUGGCAGUGACAGGUGUUGGGGUGGAUGGGUGGUGACAGGGGAUGGGGGAGUGGAGGGGCAGUGACAGGGGGUAGAGGAGCAGUGACAGGGGGUAGAGGGGCAGUGACAGGGGCAGAGUGGGUGGAAGAGCAGUGAAAAGGGGCAGAGGGUGGAUGAGCAGUGACAGGGGGUAGAGGCGGUUCAUAAAUACCUUUUUUUAAAAUGUUAUUAUUAAAAUGAUUCCCUGGUGGUCCGGUGGAUUCUCCUGGUGGUCCUGUGGAUUCCUGUGGCGCCCUCUCUCUCUCCGGUCUGCAGCUCCACCGGGAGUGAGAUGCAGACAAUGUGGUAAGUCUCGCAAUCUCCAGUCUGACAGGCUGGAGAUCGCAAGACACCUCAGUCUGCAGCUUACUCCCAGUGGAGCUGCAGAUUGGAGGCUGGCUCUCCGUCAGGGCAGAUUGACUGGAGGGGCCUCGCACCCAGCAGCAUUAUGGGCAAGCAGCAGUGCCCCCUCCUGUGUCGGGCCCUCGGCCAUAGACCGAGGACCCGACAUGUAAGUCUGCCCUAUGGCGAUUUUAGACAGCGCAAGGCCUUAGGCGGCCAACUAAAUUGCCUAAUUAGAGAGCCGCCUCUGCAUAUCAGUGUCUAACUGCAGCUACACUCCAUAUAUGACUGUCUUGAUAAAAAUCCUGGUAAGAGCUAAAUCGUUGAUCUGAUUGUUGCAAAGGCAAAGAAAACUGAAAUAUGGUAACCAAGAGGUAGAAAUCCUAGAAAUGUACUAGAGACCUUCCAAAAAGAGUCAAUGGGAACAACAAAGAAGUGGUGCACAUCAUUCUGUAGUCUCAAAAUGCAAAUUAAUUUGACCCGGGUAGAGCAGAGCAAGCCUUGGACUAAAUGCAGAGGUUGAUGUGUUUUGGUAGGGGAACUACGAAUAAUGCACAAAAGAUAGUGGGAUAGGGUAAAGGGCAGACUACCCGCAUGGGAGAGAAAGGGAGAAGAGAAGAAAAGCAGGGGGAAAAGACAGAAAAGGCAAGUAGCUAAGAAUAAGAGGGACACGAAACAGGAAGGCCGAUACCCACCCCCUUUGCAACCCCAGAACCUGUACUCCUGUUCCCCAGAUGUCCCCCAUCCAGGAAAUCCACCUGUGCGGCCCAAAUGGAGAGCUAACACUCCUGUCUCUGGCAUAGGAAGGCUGUCAUCUCCUCCAUGGUAUUAAUUUCCUUGACCUUAGGCACCUUUUUGGAUUGUCAGAGGGUGAGUGCUCCUCCAGAGGACCAGGAUCAGAGUCUUGGCAGCUGUCAGGAAAUGUUUGAGCAGAUAUUUUUUAUAGAUAUAAAUGAGCAAUUUAGUAUAAUGCAGUAGAUAUUCUGCAGGUUGAAAGAGGGAGGACUCUCCAGUAAGCGGCACAAAGUAGAGUGGAUGCUCCUUCAGUCGGCACUAUCUCUUAACACUCCCACCAGAUAUACAGCAGAGUACCCACUUCUGUCACACAGCACCAACAAGAGCUAGGCUGAUUUCUGAAAAUUAAUUGUAAAAGCUUGGGGAUCCUAUACCACCACGAGAGAAUCUGAUGGUUUAAAAUAAACAAUUUUGUACACUUUUCAUCACUAAAAACUUGCCUCAGCGCAUCCUCCCAGUGGUACAUGUACAUGUGUGGCAGAAGAAGAUCUUUUGUCAGUAGCAAUGUGUACAGCUCAGAAAUAUCUCGAUGAAGGCGCUCCUCUAGGGGGCACCAUUGCUCAAACGAUGUUGGGGACUGCAAAGGUGUUCUUAACUGGGAAAAGCGCAAAUUAAAUAUUGUAAGUGCAAGUAAUGGAACUGGGACAUAGCUGUGGGUUGGUUAGUGUGGGCACAUAAGCUCUUUAACUUGUCCCCGGAGAGGAGCUUUGAGAUGGGUAGGGAAUGGGGCAUCUUCCUAAAGGGAAUAGGGAAUGAAGAAAGCCCUCCUUGAAAGGCCAGGUUGUGCAUGAAAUUGGGCAGUGUGAAAAGAGCAAACCUCCUUGCCAACCACAAGGAAAAGAGCAAGGUUGGUCCCACAAAUUAAUCUUCUAAGAAAGGCCAACGUCUUCACCAGGCUGAAAGCCUUUAUAUUUAGAUUGGUUUGAAUAGUAAUAAGAAUGGGCUCUGGAGAUACCGCAAAUAAAAUGGGGGACAAUGGGCAACCCUCAGGGAUGCACUUGAUAAUGUGCACCGUGCCAGACAAGGCCCUGUUGACUCACACUCUGAUGGUAGACCAUGUAUAGAGUAACCUAAUAAGUGUCCAUAUUUUCAUUCCUGAUCCCAUCAUAUCCAGAUUUAUGAACAUGAAGGACAAGUCCAUACAAUAAAGACCAAAGAAAAUUUAUAUGUGCACUAUCCUAAAUCCACCAGCUAGGGCGAAAGGCGCAUGUCAAGGGCUGCGUGUGUAUCCUUUGAUUUAAGAUCUAUUUCUGUUCAUUACAAAUCAGUGUACUGCGAGGGCACCGCUUACACCCAACCACAUUUUUAACGGUGUUUGAUUUUUUUCACUAGAGAAACGAGUUUGUAGCACUUUUGGGAUUAGAUAGUGUGGUUACUUUCUUUUUUUAAGUAGUAGUGUGCUCCGUUUUACCUCUAGAUAGAGGGGUUGUUUACUGAUAAGAGCCCUCGAAGGCACACGGGAUUAUUAUAUAUAGCAUUAUAUCUCAAUGGGAAGCAGAAGCUUAAUAUUUACUCUGGAGGUGGUUAGAAUCACUCCAAUGGCCAUUGAAGUGCAAGUUCAUCUGCCACGUUAAGGCAAAACCUCUUAGGUGAGUUCUACACUAACAAUUCACCUUGCUUCUUUAAGAUAAAAGGCAAAAUCUGUAAUGAGGAUUAAAAGAAAAAUAUACAGAUUUCUCCAAACCCCUGAGACAAGAAUAUUUUCCUAAAACAUACUUCAUCAUUAUUAUCGUUUAUAUGAUAUGAUAUUUUUUGGUUAGGAUUUGUAGUGUAAGGUUAAUGUUUAAGUUAUAGUUUUAUUGUAGCAUAGUGGUUAAUGUGUUAGUGUAAUGUGUUAGAGUUAAUGUUUAAGUGCUUGUGCUGUUGUAGUAUAGGGGUUAAUGUGUAGUACUCAUAUGUCACAAUGCUGCCUGAGAUUAGUGGGAGUGGCAGACUAUGUAUAAAGACAUUUGUGAUCUGGUUGAAAAUGAAAAGAAAUAUAAAGUAGGAAAAGAGAUUGUGGAAAGGUUUAGUAGAAGUAUAAAAGAAAUUGCAAGUGACAGCAUUCAUGUUAUUCUUAAUUUCAGUACUUUAUAGUCUUCUUUGAAUAAAUGAUUUCUCCUUUUUUCUCAGAGUUACCAGCUCAUGAUUAUCAAGAAUUAUGUGGAAGUGGCUCAAUUCAUAAAUAACGAUGCUGAGUUUUUAGCUCUUGCUGAACCUUUCUGGAUAGAACUCUUCAAUCUCCCCUCAGUUUAUGAAUACACUGCCUAUCGAAAACUCAUUGAAAAAUAUGGAACUCACUUCCUGCAAUCUGGAUCCUUGGGGGGAGAGUACAACUUUCUUUUCUUUCUGGAGACAGAAAAAAUAACCUCCAAUGGUAUUGUUUCUCUCGUAUUCUAUAUUUAAACUGUUGACAAUGUCAUGAAUUCCAUUUUGGAUACUCGUGGUGAGAUAUAUUGUUUUACGCUCAACUAAAAGAAUCAUUGAAAUAAAAACAAAAUAGAAUUAAUAACACACAAUCAUCAUUAACUAUUCAUAUAUGGAACAUAAUUUAUUAUGAAUAAAAUUUAAAAAAAGUGAGAAAAAAAAGAUUUUAUUUUAAAUUUGUAUUUCCGUCUGACAUUUUAGCUGUGAAUGUCAUAAUACUGUUAGGUUUUACUGCAACAAAAUGCACAUAUUUGUAAUCAGCGAUGUCUCACGAGUACAACAGUACCCCCAUUAACAGGUUUUAUGGUGUUUUGGAAAGUUACAGGGUCCAAUAUAGUACGUUCCAUUUUCAAAUUGAAAUUUGUCAGAUUAGUAAUGUUACCUUUGAGAUGGUGUGGUAGCCUAGGAAUGAGAAUUACCCCCAUAAUGGCAUACUAUUUGAAAAAGUAGACAACCUAAGGUAUUGAAAGUGGGGUAUGUUUAGUCUUUUUUUAGUAGCCACGUAGUCACAAACAAUGGCCAAAGUUAGCGUUCAUAUUGGUUUUUGUGUGAAAAAAGCAAAAAACUAAUAUUUGGCCAGUGUUUGUGACUAAGUGGCUACUAAGAAAGACUUGACAUAUCCUACUUGCAAUACCUUGGGUUGUCUACUUUUGCAAAUGUUAUGCCAUCAUGUGGGUAAUUCUCAUUCCUGGGCUACGGUAUGCUCUCAAAGACAACAUAACCAAUCUGGCAAAUUUCAACGUCAAAAUGAAAUGCAAGCCUUCUAUGUGACUCUCUAACUUUCCAAAACACCAUAAAACCUGUACAUGGGGGGUACUGUUAUUACAAGAGAGACUUCACUAAACACAAAUAUUAGUGUUUUAAAACAGUAAAACAUAUUACAACAAUAAUAUAGUCCAUAAAAGUGCCGUUCAUUUGUAAAAAAUGCAAAAAAAAGUAAAUUUUACUUAAAAUAUCAUAGUUGUAAUACAAUUUACUAGUUUGAAACACUAAUAUUUGAGUUCAGUGAAGUCUCCUGAGUAAAACAGUACCCCUAUGUACAGGUUUUAUGGUGUCUUGGAGAGUUACAGGGUCAAAUAUAGUGCUUGCGAAUUAAAUUCUCUGCUCUUCCUCCCUGUGUUGUCAGGCAUGUCAAUCAAAUUUGAAUUAAUCAAAUCACAUAAUUAUGUUAAAAGAUCACUUAAAUAUACAUGUAGAAUUUUAAUAUAUAUGCAUUUAUAGGUAUUUAAAUUCUACGUGUAUACUAAUGUAAUCUUUUAUGUAAUUAUAUGUAUUUAUCUAUAUAUAUAUAUAUAUAUUUGCAGUUAUUUGUAUUUUAUAUAUAGAUAGAUAUAUAGAAUGUCAUUCUAAGUGUAUUUUGUUACCAAUAUAUAUUAAUAACAAAAUACAGUUAGAAUGAAAUUACAUAUGAAUAUAUAAUUGAUAUAAAAUUUUGUUUCAAUAUUUUAUUUAUUAUUGUAAUUAUACGUAUAUAUAUAUAUAUAAUAUAUGUGUAUAUAUCUAUUAUAUAAUAUAUAUAUAUUAUAUAUAUGUAACGUCAUUCUAAGUGUAUUUUAAUACUAAUAUAUGUACUUAUAUUAAUUAAAAUACACUUUGUAUGUAUUAUUUUAUAACAUGUUUAAUGAUUUAUUUUUUUACUUUUCCACCAGCAGGGGGACUGUCUGACAUUUCAGACAAUCCCCCUGCUGGCAGAUCCUAACGGGGGCCUGAUUUGCCGGGGGAGGGCUGCCUGGGCUGUCAGGCAGCCCUCCAGAAGAGGAUCGCGGUGGAGGUGAGUAAAUUGGAGCUCCAGGGGCUGCAAGCCGUUACGGCAUUCUAUGCCACCACAACAGCUUUAAAGCCCACUUAAUGCGGGACGGCAUAGAACGCCGUAACGGCGUUAACGGGUUAAGACAUAUAAGAAUUAAUCACACCUUUUAUAUC